UAUUAUCUCUGCAGGUAUGUUACCGGCACGAAGAAGAUGAUGCUGCAGGAAGGAGGGCAGACGAGCUUUCGGGAACCGGGCCGCUGGGGCACUUCAGGCUCUGCCCAGAGUCGGAAUGGCGCUCCAAUUCAGACGCAGCUACUGUUUAACAGAUCUAUCCCAGCCUGCGCUUUCAACCGUGUUACACAGGCGGGCCCUCCACCGCCCAUCGUGAUAGAGAAGCUGGCUCCACCAAAGCAGGAUGUGGGGGACAUCACUAGUGGAUCCCUGCGCUUCUCUGUGCUCUCUGAGGAGAGGUUGCGGGCGGCUGUCAGGCUGGCAAAGAGGGACCUGCGGCGUCUGCAUCGGGAGCCCGCGCACUGCGCCUCCCUGUGGCGGCAGCCGGAGCAGCAGGCUGAGGGCUGCCAUGGCCCUAAGCACCAGCAGUGUCUGGCUAAGCCUCAGUGCCACCUGCAGGAUGGGGCUGCCUCUACGGGGAAGGAAAAAGCAGCCGUCUUGAAGGAGAAGGUGACGCAGUCUGGAACUCGGGUGCUGGUCUACACCCCCCAGAAAAUCCCGCUGUCUCCUGGCCAGUCUCCACCAACGCGUGACCCCGGCCUGCAGUCCAGAGAACCUCAGCUCAGCCGGGAGAUCCGGAGACUGCAGAAGGAGCUGAGCACCUACAUACAGAGGAUCGAGCAGCUGUUUGACAGAGGUGUAGCGGUAAAGGAGGAAGUGGAGCCAGAAGAUGCACGCCGGGCGGAAACCCGCAGGCAGGAGCAAGCCGUGAGAUCAGCUCGCAUCAUCUACGUGCUAAAGCAGCAGGUAAAGGAGAUACAGGAGGAUCUGGAAAAGCUUUGUUCGCAGAAGAUAAAGCACUCAAAAAAAUCCAGAGCGAUGGACCGGCUGGCAGCCGCCCACCGAGGGGCGGUACGAGCCAUACAGGCCUUCGUCACUCAGCUUUCGGACCAAUCGGAGAGCGGGCUGCCCACCCAUUACAAGGAGCUGGGCCAGCUGAUUCGCCAGCUGUCUCUGUGCUCUGCCAAGAUUGAGGCAAGGCAGGGCUCAGCCGUCCCUGAGACCGCCAUCGACAUUCUGCAGAAGCUCGAGGUCCUGGACUCGGCGCUCAGCAGGCAGGAGAAACUGGUGAGAAACAGCAGCUGCCCAGGUGGACAUAUGGCACCCAACGCCUCACGGCAUAGCGGCUCACCUCCCCGACGGCCCCACAAGCCCACCGUCCCGAGGAAGGCCCGGCGAGACAGGAAGGGGCCUGCCUCUCGACUCCAAAACGGCGAGCCCCCCAACCCGGUCCGUCAGCAGGUGCUCAAGGCAGGGCUGGAGAGGCUGAUACGUGUGGGGAGGCUUGGGGAACAGCAGGCAGGGCAGGGGGAGGAGCCUCGGGCCCCCCCCCGCCCCAAGGGGGUCCUCCUGCCCGAAAAGAGCCAGAGCGGCCCGUCCCGCACCGGCGGUUUUCAGCAACCCACCGUGUCGUCCCGCCUGAAGGUGAGCCAGCCUCCCCAGAAAGGUGGCACUAUCCCCUGGAUACCCACGUCCCCCCACGCCUCGCCCCCCCGCAGGACUGUGAGGAAUUCCCUGGAGCCUCGCUGCCUCUUCUCUGAGUCCCCAGCCGCCUCGGGCCCCAUGGGCCAGGGCGUCGUCCUGGAGGAGGGGGCCACACUGCAGGAGCCAGGCCUGGGCCCCAAUGAGAUGCGGCAGGCCCAGGCUGAAGCCCUCAGGCAGGCCUUGUUGGACAGGGAGACGACGCGGAGACUGCGGGAGCUACAGCGACUAAGCGCAGAGGAGGCUGAGUGCAAGCGCAGGGCAGAGGUGCCAUCUCCCGCUCGUCAGGCUGAGACCGUAGAACUCGAGCUGACAUGCAAACCCCAGCCACCCAGUGGAGCUGCAGUGCAGGAUGGUGGUUCUGGGGGCAGUCAGGGCACCUCCCUACAGCAGCUGCUAUCUGAACGGGCCGUGGGACAGGUCGCAACGAGUGCUGACUUGCUGAGUGACGCCAUACUGGAUGAUCUGCUGGAGGAUACAGCACAGGUCCUGUGGGCCGUCGAGCUGGGGAGGGAAGCGGAGGGCCGGCUGCAGGCCCCCACUCUGGAGAGCAUGCUGAUCAGGAUGGAGGAGAUGGAGAGAGACGAGGAAGCAGUUCGCCGUCGUUUCACACACGUCUCCUACUCUGACUCUCGGCUCUGGGAGAUGGAGCAGGACGCAGGUGAGCAGGCAUCUCAUAGGGUGGCUUCUGGCUCAGGGCCUAAGUCUCCUGAGCCCAUCCGGCUCACCAAGGCAGCCCUGAAACAGCAGCCCACAGCAGACAUCCUCCUGGGGAGGCCUGUGGAGACUAGCCGGGUUUUAAUCAAAGAGACUGGGCGAGCCACCUCACGACGAGCUCUGAACCCAUGUCCUGCUGGGCGUUUCCUCCCACCUUUAUAUUACCAUGGUGCUGCUGUGCUGUAACCCUGCAAGCCUUGCCGCUGCGUGUCGGUUAUGGCUCAUGCAGACAAGCGCGCACAGCCAACGCGCUGAAACGGAAAAUAGCGAGAUCCCGACCUCCACGAGGGUGUGCCGAGCAGGCCAGCCGCCUCUCAUCACUACGCUGCUGAUCGCCGGCGUUUGGCUGUGCACAGGAAGCCGCCGUGAUCAGAUAAUGUGUUUGCUUCAUUAAACGCCGCCUGGGAUGGGGCUCUGCGAAGCCCGACCACACGCGGUCGCCAAAGCAACGGCCUGUUAUCCUCCAGUCGGUGCCCAGAGCAGCGACCAAAAUAAACGAGGGGGCUUUUGCAUGUUUUUGUUCCCUCGGCUGGGGGGCUGCCUGCCAGCUCCACAUGACGUCCGUUUGCGGCGCCGCUCCCACACCUCCGGCCCCUGUGUCCGCCUCCGUGUCCGGGCCUCUGCCCGCACAGCCUAAUGAGGGAAAUGAAAGCUGGAGGAGGAUGAAGGGCCGGGGGGAGUCGCAGUUAUUAAGGGGGACCGGGUUAAGCAGUGGGCAGAGCUGUUAAGCGCACUCCGUGAUGCUGUUCCCCCUGUACCCCCCGUACCCCUCCACCUCGCCACCCUCCCCCCUUAACAGAACUGACUGCCUGUUCCUCCAAGUGCCAUAGUCCACGCCAGACAUGUGGCACCCCCCUCAGUGGCACCCUGCAUGCAGGGUAUUAAUCAGACGGCCAACGCGGCGCAAUCGACCCGCAGCCAAUUAGCACGGGACUUCGAUUGACUGGAAAUCUAGGGAAUGCGAGCGUGUGAUAGGCUGUGGCCUCCCAGCGCUCAGCCAGUCUCCGUGUGUGGAGCGAGUCGAUCAGCCAGUACUGAUUCCCAGCAGCUCUGGUAUGGUGGGGUCCGAAGAGCCCGGCGCUGAGCACAUCCGCAGCCGCACGGAGCUCACUGAGGGCCUUCUGCUGGCUGAGCUGCUGUUACCGUGUUCCUCUUUACCCAAUUAUCUCCUAGUCUGCUGCUGACGGACAUGGCGCUUACUGUUAAACUGCACCAUGCUGCUGUGAGCUCAUCCUCAUGCCGGUGCAGUAUGGCAAUAUGUGGCGAUAGGCAUCCACGAUGUUGCCAUUCCCUGUGAAAACCCGUGCCACAUGAGGCAUCUUCCCUCAGCCUGGUAUGUGUGUGUACAGGCGUCCUGUGAAGGCAAGUCUAUUCUUGGGAUCUGUCAGGCGAGUCUCGUUAUAAACUGAAGGCGGCGUGACCUGUGACCCCUACAUGUCGCCCAACGGGUGCCUGGGAGCCUUUUCCCACUUCACACAAAGACGCGGGUCAUCAGUUUUGGUUAAUGACCUGGAAAUUCUUGUAAUUAAUAGUUAGUUCCGUCUUUCCCGUCUGUUUGCUUGUGGGUUAUUGGAGUCUCGUUAUACCCUCAUGCAGACUGAUCUUUGCGAGGGCGCGGCUUUGCCGCUGAGCUUUGAGCGGUGGCUGCACGGGGAAUCCUGUCUGCUAUAAGCACAGCGUCGCUGCGAUCAGGCCCCGGAUGCAGAGAGGUGACAGCAGCCCGGGUGGGGGAGAGCUCUGCCGGUGACACUGAAAUAGCCUGCACCCCCCACCUGCCUGCAGCAGACUCCCUAAAAUGUGCUUGGUGAGCUCGCUAGCCUGCGACAUGUCAGAAUAGUAAUGCAGGCUGUCCAAUAGAGGGCAUUCUGGCUCUGAUGUGUGGUUUUAUUUAUUUAUUUUGUCAUCGUCCCCCACCCCAGCCCACCCCCCGCUGAUGGAAAACGAUGAUUAAGGCUGUGGAUAUUGAGUACAACAGCUGCUUACUGGGCUUGGUUCCUCAGUGUUGUCUAGACACUGUCAUUGCUGUUUGUCACCUUCUCCUCAGGCUGGGGACACCCCACAGUUUGGGGAGGGGGGGGGGUCACCAUGUGUCCGUGCCUGUGCACAUCUCUCGCCUGCACUUGUAGCUAGAGGCAGACCUAACAGCCAGCAUAGUGCUCCUCGGGGUCUGGAACUGCAUGGUGAGGUGUGGGUGGGUCCAUAAGCCACUCCUCCCUCUUCCCACCCCCACUGAUAACAGCACUACCUGAAGGUUCACCUGAUUGCUUACUGAAUCAGGCAGCCUCACAGUUGACUGAAAUAUGAGCCUCUGCUCUUAACGUCCAGUCUUAUGCCACGUUCCAGCUCCCCAGCCCCAGUGUGUCUCCUGGGGUGGCUUUUGGUCCCGCCUCUGGUGCUGCCUCUAGUCCUACCUGCCUCUGGUCCUACCUUCCUGCCUGCCUCUGGUCCUACCUUCCUGCCUGCCUCUGGUCUCACCUUCCUACCUGCCCGCCCGCCCACAGUACUCUCUCCUUUCUUCUCUGGUUUCUGUAUCAGAAGUCCACCACCACUUGAUCGGUUUAAAUCUCUGCCUCGACCAGAAAAAUGAGUGAAGCACAAUCUCUGUGUGAGAUCAUUUGUUCGUCAGUCCUGUACCCAGCAGCCUGGGAGCCCUGGCCAGUGAGGGCUGCCCUCUCCACUCCCCUGCCUGGCAAUGAACACUCCUGUGGGUGUUACUUACGGCGUGAAGUUAUAACCUUGCACUUUCACUCUCUAUCCAUCUAUAUUGUCGUUUCAUGGAUCUCUGCCCAGUUCUCAGACGCCGAGCAAUUUCGCUGUAACCAGACCCCCAACCCUCCACUUCCAAAUGAUUUGCUCUUGCUCUUGAUUUGCCACCUGUGGCCUUCAACGCUGACUUUUCUCUUUCAGACUGAAAUCAUUGUGCUCUGAUCGCUUUGUUUAUUUUUGCUGCCUUGUUUUGUUUCACCUGCCGGAGACUUUCCCUUUCUUCUCGUAGAGAGCGCUUUAUUUCUCCUCUGCUGUUUUUCCCGGUUCACCAGGCAUCCUGAGUAACGCAGGUGAUCCUCUCCUUAUCUCUCAUCCCUGUACUGAUAGGAGCCAAUCCCGUUUUCCUCUCGCCGUGACCCCGUCGCGCUUGGUUCGGGGGUGGCGAGGGUUUCAUUUCCGUCGCCGCUGAUGUUAUCGUUCAGAUUGCCGGCCCGGACAAGCCUGCGUCCUCAUGGCGAGCGAGGAGCACAUAACCGAGCGUGUGAGCGAGUCGGCCGGUGUUCCUGAGGAACUGACGGACACUGGAGUGUGAUGUCACUCCUCCUGUUGCCGGGGAGCAGGGAGCCGUGCCCUCAGGCGUGAUGGAAUGGCACGGUUGCUACUGACCGCAC